AUGGAAGAAAGAGGUUUACUACUUUACUCCAAUGGUACAGUAUGGAAAGGAAACAUGGAGUUUCUUGAGGGGAGGCCAGAAAUAGAAAAACAAGGUUUGCUGCAAACCGAAAGCUAUUUCAUCUGUUCGUUGUUGGUCGAACCCACAUACACCAUUGCCCAAGUGAAAUCGGAGAUCGAGCGUAAGGAACAUGUUCCCUUUGACGAGCAGGCCUUGAUCUUCAACAAUAUGGUUCUUGGGGAUAGCGCAACCCUAUUCGACUUCCACAUUAACAGGAAAUCGACCAUGAGGCUCAUGCAUAAAUCAAAGGGAUCUAUGCAGAUGUUAAUUACGAUAUUCAUCAAGACCCUUGCCGGAGAUGAGAUCAUUACUCUGAAAGCCAAACCCACAUACACCAUCCGCAACAUAAAAGCCAAAAUCCAUUAUAAGUUAGAUAUUCCUCAUGACGACCGGGAGUUGAUCUUCAACGAAAUGGUUCUUCAUGAUAAUGAUAUCCUUGCUAAUUGUAACAUCAACACGGAAUCCACACUCGCACUUAUGCGUGUAUCAACAGGAUAUAUGCAUAUAUUCAUCAAGACCAUGACCGGAAAGACCAUUACUUUGGAAGUCAAACCAUCUGACACCAUCCACAAUGUAAAAUCCAAGUUCUAUGAUAGAGAAGGGUGGCUUUCAUGCGUGCAGAGUGUGAUCUUUGCUGGAAAGCAACUGGAGGAUAGCCCUACCCUUUCCGACUACAACAUCCAAAAUGAAUCGACCCUCCUUUUUGUGUUAAGCAAACGUUAG